AUGUUUCCACCCACAAAAGGGGGGCGGCUUCCCCGGCUGCGCAAGGGGUUCCGCCGACGUACCGGAGUCGUAGCGCACAUCCGCGUGGGGCCGGGAGGGGGCUCCACGCACCGCCCGUGGCAAGCGCGCUCCAGAGAAUUCCACCGGAGCCCCGAGCAGCUGUUGGCCGCGGCCUCCUCGCCUUACCUCACCGGUUCAGAGUGCAGGGUUCGACGUCACAAUGGAGCCGCGCGUUCCAUUGGCCGGCGCCGGCGCCAGUCCCCGGGGCCGAGCUGGGGCUUGCAGGCCGGGGCCCUCCUCCGCUCUUCCCUUGACAGCCGCAGCAGGAGGCGAGAGCGGCGAAAAACUCGCGUCCCAAGCGAGCGGGGCUGCGGAGUUGCGGAGCAUGGUGCAGUCCGGACGGAGCCUCCUCCAGCGCUGAGGUACGAUUGCUUGCUGGCUUGCCCGCUGCCCGCUUGUUUCUCGGAGCAUCGGGUGCCAUUGCAAUAAAACAAAAGCGAUGACGGCCAGGGGAGAGCGGCCGCAUGAAGCGAUCUGGAGAUGCAGAUCUCUUCUAGGAUCCCCGGGAUAGGAAUGUGGAGCAGCUGGCAGAUCCCCUGAGAGAGGCUGUCUGCCGACCCACCGACGAGGCUCUAGCAGCUCUGACAAGCAGAAGUGUUUGGAAGUUGCGUUUGCUGUCAAUACGAUUUAAAAACCGCUUUACCCCUAUAAGGGGGUGGGAGGGUAUUGUUUUUCCGAUUUCGUGUCUUUGCACUGUAAACCGCACUUGUGAUCGUCGGGCGAAGGGCGGUAUAUAAAUUCAACGAAUAAUAAAUAAAAACAACAAUUUCGGUCCUUUGCUAUCACCCUGUCGUCCCCGCAUCUAGCAGGACUGAAGGGUCAAAGGGUGGCAUCCACCCCUGGUCUCCCCGCUUUCAAGUCACGCUCUUGUGUCGGGUGGGCGUUGCGUGUGUGUAUGUGUACGUACGUUACGCGGAGAGAGCAGCUGAGUUUCGUUCCGCAGUAACUAACGCGCUGUCCAAAAAUAGGGUUUAAGAUCCGGGAGGCUGUGGGUAGUUUUAGGCAUGCCUGUUUCUUCCCCACCCAAAAUGCCAUCAGAAAAAGAGGCGUUUGCAACCCGCCGGUGCUGCCCUGCACGGAAUGCGUGUCGGUUGUUUUUUCCUGCCGGCAGGAAAAUGGGUGCUAUGGGGAAAGGCGCUGUUAGAACAGUCGAGAAGCUGAAACGCGAUCGGUCCCUCGCACCGGCCGGAUGUUGUGCUUGUUGUUGAUCCGGUGGCGCACCGCAAAACAAAGGGAGAGGCGAGGGCCCAGAGCCAGCCCCGAGAGGGACAAAUAAGCAUUUUCGCCAGGAAACGGCAACAAAAGCACUCACGCUUUCUAGGAGAACUCGGGAGAAGGCCUGCCCCUGAUUGCAGGCUGCUGCAAACAAAAUUGUAGGAUUCUGCCAGCGGAUUGAGAUAAAUGGGAAGGGGCGGUGGAAGCUCCGUAGAGGAAGAGUUGUUGUUUUAAAAGAUCAGCUUGAUAGGAUGAGCAAAGGCAGGGAGUUGGUGACGAUUUUAUUCAGAUUUAAUUUGAUUCAAACACAAAUGUGCACUAGGUGAAGCGGGAAAGAGAAUAUUAAGUUCAGGCAACUUUUGAAGAAAUGAGCUGGUGCCAUAAAAAAGCCAAAUGAAAUGAAAGGUGUAGGAAGGUGCCCUUCCCCCCCCCCCCCGAGGAAGGGAACUUAAUGAGGUUCUGAAGAGUGUCUCAAGUCAAAUACUUUGACCUGGAAACCCAUCUCCCUGAUCUCGAAGUUCUUAAUAUUACUUAGUAUUGGUUUGCAUAUUUUAGGGUGGUGUUGGAAAGUCAUUCUUGACAGAGGGUGACCUCAAAUGGAAUGUCUCUGCAUAACUUGGGGGGGGGGGCUGAAGGGAAAUAUUUUUAAUGUGGAAAUGGGGUUAGUGUAACAAUGUUAAGGUGGAGUCUCUCUGCUUCUUUCCCAGAGGAGGAGAAAAGAAAACCACCCAAUCACCCUAUUGCAAAAGCCUUCUCUGCCUCUUCUACUCCAGCAAAGUAGAGGUAAGGAAGGUACCCCUGUCAGAGAGUUUAGGCAGAACCCAGCUCAGAGGAGGAUAGCAAGUGAAGGGGCACACUGUCAUCUCCACACCAGCUUCCAGUUUUGUUUAUAUUUUGGUGGACACGUUGACAGAAGAGUGGAUAAUCCACAAAGGAAAUGGCAACAGGAAGUGGUGUAUCAUGAAUCUGAUAAAUUGAAAACCCAAGACUGAGGAGCUCAAAGGAGGUCAGCGCUGAUGAGUAUCAGCAUUAAAAAACAAACAAUCCCACAGAGUGAACAUCUUUGCAUUGUAACUGCAAAGAGUAUGGGGUUGUGAUUUCAUUUCUUAUCAUUCAUAUAGCAACUAGCCUGCAGGAGUUCUUGUGAGUUAAAUGCCUGAGCAUCCAUUUAUAUGCUCCAGACAGGUAAGCAACGAUCUGCAGGUCAGCAGGCAAAGCUGAGCUUCAGAACUGGGCUGCAACACUGUGAGACGGAAAACCCUCCUUGGUCGUUUUCCUGCCUUAGUGUUGUCGCUGUAGCUAUUCUUGCUCCUCCCGCAGCCUCCUAAUCUCUUAAAAACUUAAUGGCCACUAAACCGCUUAAUGCAUAAAGAUACUUAAUGAGGAAGGCAAUGGGCCAGUAGUAUCCUUUUGGGUGCACUGGGCUUGGGUCAGCUUAGGUGCUUGUUCAGUGUUGUCUUUGGGUAGGAGAGAUUCCCUAUGGAUCCCGGAUCCAUAGGUUCCAUGGCAAGGGAUGGUCAGGGAUUAUAGACAUUGGGGGUAUCUGGAGGCUCACAGAUCCCCCCCCCCACUUUGCUUGAUGAUCCAAAACCAUGGUGCAAGCAGCAGUGUGGUGUUGUGGUUGUAUCUCCACACCAUGGGUCUUUUAGGUUGCAAAGCAGCUCUUUGCUGGCUGGAGGCAAUUUCAUCCUCAGUCUGUGGUUGACAUAACCCAAGCAGCUUCCUAUAUGGAGACAAGCAACAUUUAUUGUGUUUUAAGCAGUACUCUUCAUAUAUGAAUCUGGCCUAAGGCUCCAACCAGCAGACAGUUUAGUAGCAUGGGCUGCUAAACCUGUCUGGGCUUCAGGAGGCAUGGGCCAGGAUUGCUAUGCACUUGAAGUUUUGUAGGCGGAGUUUUGGAAUUGGAACAACUUCCCUUAAAUCCUGAUGCAACCAAGCAGGGGCCAUUCAGAAGCUUUCUUUCAAGCACCACCCUAUUCUGCUUGCAUGCGUGAAUGGGUUUAGCAAUAAGCAUCCUAAGGUGAUUCCUGUAAAACCAGAUGUCUUUCCUUCUGUCCAUCCUGGAAGAAGAGACUUUUCAGUGAGAGGGAGUGUCACCCUUCUAACUAGUGUUUAUGCAGAGUAGUUGUUUCGAAAGCAGCAGCACUAGGUCAUGGCAAUUAUAGAUCCAAGCUGGGAAAUGUGUGGACCAUGUCUGCUGAAGUCAGGCUUCUUUAGUCAGACAACAGGAGGCUUGUACCUCCCACGUUAUUCUCUGCCCCUUCAUAAGGCCACCAGUCCCUGUUAGCAGCACCUUGGGACACCGUGAUAAGCACAGAGUAGAGGUGGCACCCCAUACUGCUCAGAUCCAGGCAGAUAGUCGUAGGAAGAUGCAUGAGAUUAGGACCUGCCUGAUUUAUCCUUGUGGUGGCUUUGUCCCAUUUUUGGACUUAUGAAGAGUUUUCCGCAGAUAGUUUCAUAAGAUACACACUUGCAGCAUAAGCCUGUGCAUGUUUCCAUGGAAGUAAGAUCAUCUGUGGUACUCUCAUGUAAGCAUAUAUAUAAGAUUGCAGCUGCAAUCCAUUUAUUUUGGAGUAAAUUAAAAGACGCCUGCUUCUUGGGAGAAAAGCAAUGACUAACCUAGACAGCAUCUUAAAAAGCAGAGACAUCACCUUGCCAACAAAGCUCCGUAUAGUUAAAGCUAUGGUUUUCCCAGUAGUGAUGUAUGGAAGUGAGAGCUGGACCAUAAAGAAGGCUGAUUCCUAAAGAAUUGAUGCUUUUGAAUUAUGGUGCUGGAGGAGACUCUUGAGAGUCCCAUGGACUGCAAGAAGAUCAAACGUAUCCAUUCUUAAGGAAAUCAGCCCUGAGUGCUCACUGGAAGGACAGAUCGUGAAGCUGAGGCUCCAAUACUUUGGCCACCUCAUGAGAAGAGAAGACUCCCUGGAAAAGACCCUGAUGUUGGGAAAGAUGGGGGGCACAAGGAGAAGGGGACAACAGAGGACGAGAUGGUUGGAUAGUGUUCUCGAAGCUACCAGCAUGAGUUUUACCAAACUGCGGGAGGCAGUGGAGGACAGAGGUGCCUGGUGUGCUCUGGUCCAUGGGGUCACGAAGAGUCGGACACGACUAAACGACUAAACAACAACAACAACAAGAAGUUCCACUGAACUCCAUGCUUAACAGGCAUGCGUAGGAUUGCAUAUUCAAAGAGUAAUCUUAAACCUGUUUCUCAGAACUGCUACUGUGUCAGGCAGGGAUUACUCCCAGGGAAGUUGUGCAUAGGAUUGCAGUUGUAAUCUCUUAACGGGGCACUGCUGAAUACAGCCCAUAAUGUGUGCUCUGGUUAUUUGAGCUAUUUUAUUUUUUUUUAAAAAAAUAAAUCCUUAUGAAGCACUUCAUGGGCUGGGAAAAAAGCUAACUGUAUGCACAUCUAAAGCUGUUCAGAGCUUUGAGUGGAAGUCAUCGUAGUGCUACAUCGCUCAUUCUGUAAGUGCAAGGAUUUCUCUUUGCUUAGCAGAUCUCCCCCAUCUUCUCCCUGCCCCCACAUGCCCUCUAAAUCUCUUUUAGGGGUUCCCUCAAUGCUCUGGAGCAGAUUAAAAGAGGACACAGGGCAGGAGGAGUCCUCUUGCCCAAGCAGAAAUCGUGGUGCUGACAGGAUGCACUGGUUGAAUACUACCCCUAAUCUAGUAAGAUGAUAAAAAAAAAUUGCAGCUACAACCCUAAAUAAACUUACUAAGAAGUAACCCUUAUUGAACCCAGUGGGACUGACUUCUGAGUUCACACUGCAUUUCAGACUACCCAGGUUGCAACUCUAUGCCACAAAGAGCAGUUUCCUUUGUGACCAUUAAGCUUCUCUUACAGUUUUUGUUGUAAAUGUGAAAGAUAAAGAGAGGCAUUUGGUAUGAGAAUAAGUCUUCCAGACAAUCUAGUUUUUACUUCCACUUUCAGGGAAAAUAUGCAAUACCUUCUCAAGCUGAAAUGUGUUUUACUGCUUUUGCAACAUAAAAUACGUGAUUUAAUAACUUUGCAUACAAAAUUUCACUAUUUGACAUAUUUAUGAAAGGUACUGAGGAAUCUUAUGCAUAUUUCGUAAUGCCUACUCUAGUUUAGUCUAGUUUAUUCACUUAGGAUUGCAGCUUCAAAAACGUUAGGCUGGAUUCCUGUUUGCAUUUACGUGGAAGUAAGUCUCUUUAAACAAUGGUACGUAUGUUUGAGUAGAUAUGCAAAGGUUUGCACUGUUACAUCUGUAGCUGGAAGUCUGUGGCACAGUUAGAAGAUUGGGACCAGGUCAAAAGGACAGUACACAUAGGCUAGUUGCUUCUAGUUUCUCCAAACUAGAUCAGAUGUCACCAAAAGAUUAGCAGCAAUUCACCAGCAGGGAAGGCCCUUUCAUAAAAGAUGACAGCAGCCUCUAGGUGUGGAAAUGCAGCUUGUAUCUGAGUGUUGCAUACAUCCAAAGCAUACACUUCAUUCUCUAAUGAUGUAGAUUGUCCUACAUAGAAAUCUUUACAAUACAUGUUUUGAGUCGGUAGAAGCUUAAGCAUUUCACUCAUUCAAAAAAUGAAACUAUUGCAUAGGAGCUUCCCUGCCCACACCCCAGUGUUAGAGAGAGAGAGAGAUGAGAAGGCAUUCCCACCCUCCCUGGAUGUUCACAUCUCUAUCUAUGCACUUUUUAGAUCCCUCUUCCUUCUCUUUAAAUGACUGGACAUUUAUUUACAGUGCAAACAUAGCAAGCACAUAUGUGGAUCUUUCACAUCCCUUAUUAUUUUCCUUAGAAUGUGUGAAAGUCACACCUGUUGCUUUUUAUCCAUUUGUCUAGGCUUGGGUGGUUUGUUUGUUUGUUUGUUUGUUUUUUAUAAGCACUGAUUUCUUAUGGUGUGUAUAGUCAAGGUGUGUGUAGGAGAAGAAAGUAUGGUUCUCUUGGCAUUGGGAACAUCACGGUUAGACAUGAUCAAAAUAGCUGUGAAUCAACUAAUGUCCAUCGUGUGUGAAGCAGCUUGGAAAGGAGGAGGACACUGUUGGGUUGUGGUGUUUUCUGGCAGCUCACAGGAGUCCCUUUUCCAGACAUACCUGACUUUGCCAGAGCAGCUGAUGGCCAAUCCUUGGUUGGCUACGCCUGAUGGAUUCUGUUUUUCUCACAUUAGAGUUGUGCACCCUUCCCUGCUACAGGUUUUUUCCCCCCUCUCAAAAAGAACUUUAUUGAAACUCAGAGCAAAUGAACCAAGUCUGCACUUAGAAGAAUGUGUUUGGUCUCUUGGUGGUGAAGCGUGGCUUAUGUUGAUGAUGCAGAACUCUAUGUGGCAGAGGGAACUUGAUUUUGGAAUCAUAGAACUGCUUGACAGCUGGUCUGUGGCACUUGCUAGCAGCGAUCUCUUCAACCUUCAUGAUCUGAAUUGAGUGAGCACGAGCUCUAGGACGGGCUCCCAUAUCGCGACAACUCCAGCAGUUGUCAAAUCCCUGUAUUCCCUGUACAUGUUAAGAGUUCCACUACGAGAAUCAUAGCGUAGCCAGGUACCGAAAUUUUUCACCUUCAACGGAGACUUCUCUAAAAUCUGUCCACAGUACACAAUUUCCCCAGAAGAUUUCUUCGUCUUCUUCAGCUGAGAGACAAAGUACCAGAAAUGGGACUUUGCAACAACAUGAUUAGGAGCAAAGAUGCGUAUACGAUAGAGAGGUGGUGUUGGGCUCUUAGGAGUGGGGAGGCAUCUCCCAACAACUUCCUCAGGGUGCCUGACGCCUUCAUGGUGCUGCCUCUUUGCUCCCUGCUGCAGUUGUACCAGUUGCUUUAAGGACUCAGGAACAGCAAAGAUCUGGGUCUGGUUGUAUCCGUGAACCCUUUUCAUGUGUUACUACAAGACUCUUGACACAACCAUUCCGGCGAUAAAGGGUGGGUGGGAGGGCUAUUUUAAUUUGGAUGGUGUUAGCUUGGGUAAUGCUCAACAGAGGUGUGCUAUACUAACCUUUCCCUCUUACUCUAGGUUUGCUGCAUAGCACAUUUGGGCACCAUGGUGGAUUACUAUGAAGUGCUGGGGGUGCCCCAUGGUGCUUCACCGGAUGACAUCAAAAAGGCGUAAGUUGCAUUCUCUCCAUUUCUGACUCAGGCUACUGACUGCUAGUCCUGGUGUGGUGGUUAUGAGUGUGACUGUGAGAUGUGGAAGUGGUGGCACAGUGUACCUGGCCACAGUUUAGUGGAGGGCAGCCUGUUUAAGUUUGUGACAAGAAUAAUGAGCUCUCAGAACUCUGUGUUUCCCAGUGUUAGGGGAUACAGGGUGGUUUUGUGGCAGUAAGUUGUAUUGCCAACUUUGCCUUGGACUCUGAUUAGCCUUGGACACUGCAUUUUCCCAGUGCUUUGGGUUUUUUCCUUUCUGCUUCCAUCUUUUGGUUCCACUCGAGCUCCUAGUUUUCCUGUGGAGAACCUGGUAGCUACUAGUUUCAGGUCGAAUGUACUUGAUCUGAGAAUCUGUUCUAGCUCUUGGGGCUGUUAUGCAGGUACUUAGUUGCCAGAUACUGAAAAUUCACUUUUCUUGCGACUCCUCAAUUGAGGGCUGACUUAUAUUAUGUUUGUCUGAUUUCCCUCCACUGCCUAAUUAAUGUUCACAAACUUUCAGCCUGCAGGAAUACUAUAGCAUAUAAAAAGGAGGCUUUAGAUUGCCAAGAGAACAGAUCAACAUAAGUAUUUAAAUUCAGUUUCCAAACUACGUUUUGUAUAUUUUCCAACAACCAAAGCACAUGCUGAUUGGUUGCCAUAUCCGUUAAAGCAUGUUGAUGUGCUAUUAAAUAGUGCCUUGGAGAUUGAUCCAACGAGGCUGAUCCAAAACUUUUGCUUGUGCAGCUUGUGUGAAGAUUCAGAUUUGAUUUGAUUUUUAAAUGAGAAAUCUACUAGAAGUAAAACUUAAAAAAAACCAGAAUAGCCUUUUUCAUGCAAAACUAUUGUUUUUAACCCACCUUACAGAAAGAUAAUUGAAUGGGAGAGGGAUGGGCUGUUUGCAGGGCUGCUUUUGUUUUUGGAAUGGGCACAGGGAGGUCUGCACUCCAGAGGAGGACAACUUGGGUGUGCCCCCUUGCACAAGAAUGAACGGAGGGAGAACGUGUCGACACAGUGCUGUGCCAGGAGAUCUUUGUGGCACUGCAGUAUAAUGAAAGCUGUAGGAUUCAAGAGCCUUUUGGCCCAAAAUUUCCCCUUAGGGGAAUGCCUCCACUCUGCUCCUUGUGUUAGCGCAGGCUGGAGGUGCUCUAAGGUAGCAGCACACCUGUAACAGGAGAGAGGUAUUGUAGAAACCCUUGUUCCUCAGCAAGGGUUUGAAGCAAAUUAUCAGGUGAGCAAAUCUCCAGGCUUGUUGUCUGCUCUUCCUUUGUGAAAGAGACUCUGCGGAUCCUGUUUUGGAAGUGCAGCAAUCUACUUUCCUUUGAAAAGCCAAGGAACGGUAAAUUGGCUUUUACUUUUAAUUUUGUGGGUUUUGUGCUACUGUGGGAGUGAAGUGCCCCCUCGUGGAGGACAGAUGGCAGAACAAUGACCGAUGACCACUCUUGGUUGAGCUGGAGCUUCAUCUGCUAUGGCCACCAGCUGCUAUCAGCUCCUGUGGGAAGAGAGAGAAGUCUGGUUUCACCUGGAAGCAAAUGAGGAUCAUUAGUCCCACGUGUUGAAACUCCCUUCCCACAGAAGCAGAAUGUCCACAUAAGCAGAAAGGUGUGUGUGUAGGGUUGCUGCUAACUACAAGGGGGUGAAUGUGUAGGCCAGUAUGUGACCGGGGGUGGGGGGUGGGAGAGAGAGAAGUUGUCUGUGGGCUUGCUUCUUGACAGGGCCUAUACCGUAAGAAUAUACACCAACCAAGCUAUCAUGGUUGUCUUGUCAAACAGGUACAGGAAGAAAGCCUUGCAGUGGCAUCCGGAUAAAAACCCAGAUAACAAGGAACAUGCUGAGCAGAAGUUCAAGGAGAUAGCAGAAGCCUACGAAGUGCUAUCGGACAGUAAGCAUCGACUCUCUCCUCCCCCUUUCUUUCCCUCAGGCUGUUUCGGUUCAUGUAGGGUCUUGGCCCUGGUUGUGGGCUGUUUCUGGAGACUGUGGAGAUUUCCUGUUCCUUGUAAGAGAAGGGAAAAGAGUUUUAUUCACAGGGUUAAGGUGCAGAUGUGGGACCUGCGGCCAUCAAGAUAUGGUUGGGCAACAGCUCCUGUAAGCCCAGACUGGCUGGGGCUGGUAGGAGGUUCCUCCCUCCCCCCAGCCCCCAUUUUUAUUUAGCAAAAUAAAACAAAGCAGAGAAGGGAGAAAAAGAGGCAUGUUUUUCAAGCAGAGGCAGAACACUAGCAAGCGAAGGCAUAUAAAAGGACGUAGCAAAAGUGCCCUUUGGAGACGCCUUUAAAUGAGUGGGUGAAGGCUGCUUCGAAGGGUGCGUUGCACGUCUCUACAUGUUCCUGUUUUCCUUGGAAGUUUUAAAGCAGAGGUUGGAUGGCCAUCUGUCAUGGAUGCUUUAGCUGAGAUCGCUGCAUUGCAGGGGGUUGGACUAGAUGACUCUUGGCGUCCCUUCCAACACCUCAAUUCUACGAUUCCUCUUUUAAACCUCCCACAUUGUGUUUAAAGGGGAAGUGCGGAAUGACUUUCCCAAAGCUCUGGGAAGAAUUUUGACAGGUGUCAGCCCCACCCUCCUGUCAGACAUGUGAUGCCAUCAUCAUGUCAUGUGAUUGGCUGGCCAGUUGUUCUGUCCACCUGUCAAAUUGGGCCCUGUGGCCAAACCUCCGGUGUCUGGCCUCUGGAGCCAAAAAGGUUUCCCAUCCCUGUAAUAGUGAAACUAGAAACUGAGAGGUAAAGUCGAGAGCACCCACCUAAGCCUUGUGGGACAACUGGCCAUUAGGACAGGCUACUUGAGGAAGAUUGGGCUUCCUUUGAAAUGAGAGCCUUUUAAACUAGACUAAAUGGAAGGUGUGUUUCAUUAACUGUUCUCUCUCUCAGCCCCUAGCUGUAGUAUGAUUCCAAUUUUGCUGGCUGACUUUUCACAGUUGUUGCAAGUUUUUCUGAAAUAAUGCAAUGUUUUCUGAGCAUGCUAUGCAAAUUACUACUAAUUAUUAACCCAGGCAGGACUAGCUUUGGGUAGACAAGGCAAGGACUCAGUAACAUUCCCUGCCCCGCAGUCCAUGUGUGGCGGGUGGGGGGUGGGGACUGUGUCCCAACUAAGUCAAUGGCAGACACGUCUGCUUGAGCCUCACCUCCUUUUUGUGGGCAGCUAUCUAACCCAGGUGCUUUCUGAUUUCAGAGAGCAAGCGUGAAGUCUAUGACCGAUAUGGCAAAGAUGGGCUCAUGGGUCAAGGUAAGGAGCUUGGUCAAGAUCUGGGUUAUCCUGACAAAUAUCAUCAAAAACCAGGAUCAGGUUCAAAGCAGAUUUCUGCAUCGCCAAGAGGGCUAGAACAAAGACGGCAACAGAUAGCUUAUGUGCAGCUCAGAAACAUACAGGCCUUCUGCAUUAGCUACUUUAGCUGUUAUCAUAGUAGUGUGAUUGAGCAACUUUCACAGGGAGCAAUUUCCUGGGAGAAAUUUGCAGAGUUGGGUAACUUCUUUGGGAGCAGAAUAUUACUAAGGUCUUGGCUGCCUUGUCAGUUCCAAACCAAAGCAGCUGUGGUGCAGUUAGGCCUUUCACGGCCCAAACAGCCAUUUUUUGUGAUUCUUAACAGUUUUGUUUUUCUGUUCUGUAAAAUGGGUUUGUCCAGCUCUGUAGCCCUUCUGUGGCUUUUGACCCAUGAAUCAGUGCUUGAUUAAACUAUUUCCAGGGGCUGCAGACAUAUCAAGGCAUGGCUGGCUGGCAGGCAGGCUGCAGGUUUGCUGGGCCUUUGAUGUAAAUGAUUUUAGUUAUCUAGUACCCCUAAGCCAGAGGUUUUCAAGCUUUCUGAGUCCCAUUUUCAAACACCCUCCCUUCUGGGGUGUUCCCAGGCCACAGCUGCCCCAAAGAAAGGUGCCUUCUCACACUGUCCCACAGGGGCCUGGGAAGCACCCCCUGGCCAGCCUCAGAGGCACCAUUUGCCUGAGGAGGUUGUAGCCAGGGCUGCUGCAACAAACAACUGUGCAAGCCUUUGGGAGGCAGAGACACAAGAGGGCAUCAGAGGAGGGAGAGAAGAAAAGAGGGACAGAAACCAACGUUGCCUGUGGCACCCCUGACCAUCAUUCAAGGCGCUCCAGGGUGCCACAGCCUUAACCUUGGUAAACAGUAAGCCAGUGUCUUGGUGUGAGGAAAAUAAAGCUUCGCAUUUGGUCUCUGCUUCCCCCACAGGUGGGCCCUCCGGGUCAAGACCACACCCAGGACCCGAAUUCACCUUCACUUUCCGCAGUGCCCACGACGUCUUCCGGGAUUUCUUUGGAGGGCACGAUCCGUUUGCUGACUUUUUUGGUGUGCAUUGGGUUUGAUCCUCAUUUGUUUUGCAAGGGGAUUUUAUCUGAGUAGGGAGGGAAGACCCUAUCUGCUGUCUCUGGACUUCAAAACUAUGAGGACAGUCAGUGGUAUCCCAAAGACAACCAGUAUCUGAGAGAUGGAAGGAACUAGUAACGAAGAAUAUCAUUGCUAUCUGGUUGUGUCAGGCCCAGGGUUCCUCUAGCUGGGUUUUCCUUUUACCAUAUAGGGCACUUCUGUGGAGAGUGCAGUAGGGUUUUGUUACUCAUUCCCUGCUCCACCCUGCCCCAUUCCUACAGGAAAUUCUGUGACCUACAUGCUCCUGUUGUGGUUUGGGUUAUGCCAGGUCUGUUGGUGUUUUCUUGUGUGAACUUGGUGUUACUUUAUUUUACCUGCAUAUAAAUUCCUCCAUGAGGAAGCUCAGAGUGAUUAAGCAGUGCAGUCUCCCAUCCAGGAUUCAUGAGGCUGAGACCCGCUUAGCUUUGACAAUGUAACCCUGUUGCCCUCCUGGCAUUUCUGGACUGCAAUUCCCAUCAUUCUUCCCUCACCAUUGGACAUGGUGCCUGGUGUUGAUGGGAGUUGGAGUCCAACAGCAUCUGGAGGACCCACAGCCUUAAAGCCAGGCCAGAACAUUCUCCAGAACUCCUUGUGCAGCUGAGGAGAGUAAAGGGAGAGGAGGGGGUCUUAGACAGUGAACAGUCCCUCCUUUUUGGAUCAUUUCCAGAUUACAAGAAACCAGAUCCUUUCUGGGGAACCAGAUCCCUCCUAGUUAGACAUGGGCCAAAUGUUGGCACUGGCUUUAGUACAGACCUCGUGCUUAUCCAGAACUUCUGUGUUAGGGAAGGGAAAUGCUCCCCUCUGUGUGAUGCAAUUGGAUCAGCUCAGUGGCUGUCCACACCCACUCCUGGCACUGGGUGCUUUCUUGCAGCUCAGGGAGGCUCUGGCAAGGCAAUAAAACUUGUGUGGAAGGACGCAGCAGCAAUGUGGUACAAGAUACAUGAAUCAGAACUGCGGGCAGAUAGUAGGCCAGAAUACAAAGGGUAUGGAUCUGCAUGCUUUUGAGUAGCAGUCUCCCUGCAGAGGAAUGUAGUGGUUGACGAUCUCUUCUUUGGACCUCUUUCCAGACGAUCCAUUCGCAGACCUUCGACCUGGACCACGGCACCCUGGGGCAGGGCCAUUUUUCUCUCCCUUUGCAGCAUCGCCAGGUAAGGAAGGAACAGCUGGAAGGAUUUGCCUGCCCACCUGCUCCUCACUGUGGCCUCCAGUUCCCCACCCUGGUUCCAACUGCACUUGGACCCUUGCUGUAGGGUUGACUUCUCCCUGGGACUCUGUGCUUUGCACACUGUGACCUGGUGGCCACUUUUGCAAGGCUACAUUCUUUCUCCUAUUUGCCCCUCCUUGGAAUCUCAAAGGAAAGCUUUCCUGCCUGGUGUCUCUUUUCCUUUGCUGGUUCAUCUCCCCUGGCCUUGGUGCCGGCUGCACCCUUCCUUGUCAGUGAUUCUGGCGCACACUCUCUUUCAGACUUCUUCUCCCCAGGGCUUGGUCCUGCUAUGAAUGCAGGAAUGGGCUUCCGCUCUGUCUCCACCUCCACCAGAUUCAUCAAUGGCAAGCGGAUUACUACCAAGAGGUAAGCUUAGGAGGAUGUUUUAAUCCAUUUGCCUACUGUCUUCUGGCCUUGUCACGCAGAUUUUGGGCCCUCUUGGGGAACGACCAAGCCCAUUCUUUCUGUUCUCCCUGGCCCUCCUCCCCUUCUCAUUUCUGCUAUCUUGUUUCUGUAUGAGGCACAGAGUAAGCUAUGGGGAGGAUAUCUAGAAAUUUUAUAUUGACUCAGGCCACUGGUCCAUCUAAGUGAAGGGAUGGGAAAGCCACACAAUCUGUACCAGAUUGGGGAUGCAUUCCUUAUUUACGUGUGUAUGUGUGUGUGUGUGUGAGAGAGAGAGAGAGAGAGAGAGAGAGAGAGAGCACUAGCUCUUUCUUGUUACUGGUCAUCUUAUCAGCAGCAAGUUGGGGAAAUCCCAUGGCCCCUGGUAUUUUAGACCUUUUAGCAGCUUGCUCACAUGUUGCGUCCCAGAGAGUUAGAGGUUUACUUGCCUUGUAGCCUUGUAACUUUUAUAAAAUGCAGUCCCUCUGGUGAUCAUGUGUUUGCAGUGGAUUGUACAGGGUAACACCUCUCUCUCCCCCCCCCCACUGUCCUACAGCAUAACUGAAAAGGUUAAAGUGUACAGGAGAAGUCAAAUUUGUGCAUUGAUGCUGACCUUUCUACACUCCAAACCUGUCCCUCAAAUCUAGUGGAAUGAGGCUGGCCUCAUAAAAAAUAUGAAAGACAUAAUACAUUAAAAAAAUGAGAUUCUAAGUUGAUGCUUUUGUGCAAAAACUCUCAUCUGUAGAACAAAAUAUUUUUAUUGGUCUCUCUUCUUCAAAAAUAAAUUUUAAGAGCAGCUUCAAAUAAUUUUUUGGUGUUUGUCUUUGAAAAAUAUAAUGAAGGCGAGCAGGUGCAUAAUUACAGGUAUGGUAGUAAGAGAACUGUGGUUGCUAUUAUGGGAUUAAUCAUGCGCCCAAAAUGUAAGCAAAGGCUAAACAAUAGACAUGUUUGUAGCCAUGCAACUUAAUGUUUUCUCCAGUUCAACAUUGCUGGGGGAAGGUUUUGCAUGGUUUUAUGUGUUCUUCACAAAGUCAUUUCACUUUUCUGUCCCCACCCCUUCCCCCUUGUUCUCCAGGAUCAUCGAAAAUGGGCAGGAGAGGGUGGAAGUGGAAGAAAACGGGGAGCUGAAAUCCAUCCAAAUUAAUGGUAUGGGACUAAAAGGGGAGAGGUAUCCCGAGUUUCUUUUCUCUGUAGUCAGCCAUGCACAGCUCUCUCCAGCUGAGAGCAGAAAUGUGAGCUUCUCUGGACGCCUGCUGCCUUCUGUGUGAUCUCAACCUGUCUCCUGGGAGACGGAGAAAGUAAUAGACCCUCAUCCCCAUGGAGUGCCUCUGACAUUUAAUCUACAACUUGUGAAAAGCUUUGUGAAAAAUGUGCCCUCCCACCAAGCGGUAGGAUGCCUGUGUGCCAACUUCUGAGACAUUUGGGGGUUGGAAGAGAUCUCCCCAGCACUCCUGGCCUCUUUCAGAAACAUAGGCAGAAGGAAGGAGGGGGGCUUUUCAGACUUGUGGUGGAACGGCUUAGAGAGGUAAAAUAAGAGAUGAAUGUGAUAAUGGCAUAUGCCAGGCUGGUGGCUGAGGAAUGGAAGAGAGCUGUGGGAGAGCUGGGAAAGUUUUCACAUGAGCCUUAAGACAUCCAUUACCCACAAAGUGCAGUGCAUAUAUUGGAGAAGGGAAGCAGCCUAGGGUAGUCACCUUCAACUUUUUCAGACCCAGAUCUUGCCUUUAAUUUCAAAAAUGCAUUCAGGGAUCAAUUUCUUCAUUAUUAUUAUUUUCUAACCAUAUAUUUCUCUGGUGGUAGCAUUGCUGUUGCAACCAUUUUUAGGCCAGGCUGCAAAUCCUUACCCACUGGCUGAAGAUCCUGGGGCGGGAGUCCUCAACCAUUUUGGAUGGUUUUGGAAAUCUCAAAAACCGUUGUGGGCACCACAACAACUGGCAAUACUCGGGCAUAAUGGCUGCAUGCCCCCCACAAGUCAAUUAAAAAUAUUGUUUGGAAAUGGCAGGCCUCUUGUUGGGUCCCAAGGAGGUGUCUGAGGAUGCUGUGGUGCCUACGGGCACAAUGUUGGGGACCCCACAUCUAGGGUGCUUGGCCUUUCUGGGCAAGGCCAUAGCAAUGACGGGAGGGGGAGGGAGUAUACUUGGGGUGCCUUCUUUGGACAACUGUUGGCUCAACCCCUUCCCUUUCAGGUGUUCCAGACGACUUGGCCCUCGGCCUGGAGCUGAGCCGGCGGGACCAGCAAGCUGUGCAAAGCCGCAAGCCAGCCCCCUCCUCGCCGGCGCCACAGCACCCGCCCCCCAAGCGCCCGUCCCCCAGUUCGUCCCCUGUGAUCUUGUACACCGACAGCGACGAGGACGAUGAGGACCUGCAGCUGGCGAUGGCCUACAGCCUGUCUGAAAUGGAGGCCAAGGGCCAGCACAGAGCAGGUGCGAGAAGCCCCUCGAAAAAGCAGCCCCCUGGAAAAGCGCAGUUGCCACAGGGGAGCCACGCCACGGACAGCCAGGCGGACAGGCUGUCCAAGCCCCCCUCUAAAUCCCCCUCGGGGGCCGUGGGAGGGAGCGGACGGGGAAAGGGCAGAGGCAAAGACUCCUCCCCUAAGAAGAAGAAAGAUGCGCAGUGCAGCCUCCUCUGAGCCGGCCUGAGACUGGGCUUUCAUUGGUUGGUGCGCUUGGGACCCUGGCCAAUGGAGGAGCGGGGGGUUGUUCCAUCAGGACCAGCUGCCGUGAUGCGUCACUGGCAGAAUCGCCCGAAGGCCCACCCGGUCAGAAGAGGAGGUGCUAUUGCUGCUGCUGCUGAGUAAAGGGCAGGAGCAAAUUCUGUUAGCUCUGUGUGUGUGUAAUUUGGCAUGGAGAGGCAUUGGCCCAGGCAGCUCCUGCACAGCAAAGCCCUGGUGCCUUCAGCAAGUGCAGGCUGUGCUGUCUGCCUUGCUGCUCUAGUGCAUGGCUUGGCUGUAUGUCCCUGUUGUUCUCCUGUAUGCAUAGAUCCCUGGGGCUGGGGGGCGGGAGGGGGCUGUGCUCUUGGCUGCCACUGCUUGCCCUGGGCACUAAAGGAAGCGAAUGCAUUGCUUCUGCCCCAGGGUUUUGUAUCAGCAAUGGGGGAGCUAAUAUAUAUAUAUAUUUAUUAUUAUUAUUAUUAUUAAUGUAUUUAUUUUUAUUAUUGUUACGUCCCAAAUAACAGAAUGUGAUGGCCUAUGUUGAGGGCCGUCCUCUAAAUUUGCCCUGGAUCCGAGUGCCUUUUCUGCACUAACAUCCCCUCCCGCCUCCAUGAAUGGUACCAAAUCCUGUGCCUUUAUCCCCCGACCACUGCUACUGGGGGAAGGGGUGGGCAACAAAACAACCCCUAUAUGUGAAGGGCUAGUGAGAACUCAACCUGCGCUGAAGGUGGUGGCUGUCCUACAGUGACUAGCAGCAGAGCGGUCUGUUGAUGGGCCGAGAUGUCAGAGAAGGCACAGCUCUGAGAGAGGACUCUGCUCUCUUCCGCUUACUUGGCAGCGCUGCCCGUUUUCAGCCUUGGGGGGGGCAGCCUAGGCAUGGAGACACACGUAGGAACUGCCUUAGGCCCUAACGCUUGAGCACCCAACUUCCUGUGCAGAGGAAGAGAGGGGAGGUACCACAGGGGGGCAGGGAGGUCUGAACACGGACCAGGCUACAUUAGUUGUGUCUGUCAUGACAAUGUAGUUGAAAGGCACUUCCUGCUUUUGGAACUUCCUGGGGACUGAGAAAUGUGUGAGACAUAACGCAUGUAGGUUUAUACCUCUGUGGAGAACCUGUGGCUCCUCCAGAUGGUGCUGGAACGCAACUCCCAGUAUCCCUGACUUUUGGCUGAGGCUGAUGGGAGCAACAUCUGGAUGGCCGCAGAGGUUCCCCUUACCUGCCCUGUAGUUUGCAAGUGCAUGCCAUCUUCCCCUGCAGCUUUUGCCUGCCCCUAAACCAGUGGUUCUCAACCCUGCUUGCUGGCGUCUUGCACCACUCCCUACAGCUGUGACCUCCUCCUUUCCCCCUCCCCUGCUUCCCAGGGCCUUUGCACCCUCCUCUUUCUCUCCCUGAUCCCUUUUGUGUCUAACGUAACCCCCAGUGGCAGGCCCUGGAUAAGGCUUCGGUGGAUGCUCGAUGUAGGAAUGUAACUUGUUGGUGCCCUUUCUCUCUCUCUCUGCUGUUGUUGCUGCUGCCGCUGCCGCCACUGCUUGUCUCCUCACCUGCCCAUCCCUCCCUCCUGUGCUUCCCAUGCCACAGACCCUGAUGGACAGGCAUACUCUGUCUGAUGCCCCUCCAUGCUGCCUCUCUGCAGGUAACCCUCAAGUGUUCAUUUUGUCCAGUUGGUUGAAAUGGCGAGAGAUCUGCAGGGUGGUUCUGUUGGUGGUGAUGGUUUAAAAUAAUAAUAAUAAUAAUAGCAGAGCUGUGUAUAUUUCCUACCCAGCCUGGCAUUUUGCCAUACAAGGCUGCCUAUAUUUUAAAGUGAGUUUCUGGCCGUUGAGAUCCAGUCACUUCCAUGUGCUUUCCCUUCGUGUCUUCUUUUCUGUCACCUGCUCCUGGAUUCCAAAAUUCCAGAGGUUGGUUUUUUUUUGGGGGGGUAGGGUGUGUUACUUGGCUUGUAGAGCCAGGGGGGUAAAUGCAUUUUUGAAAAUGUUUAAAUAUUUGUUGAUAGGAAAGUGCAGUUUAAGUAUAUCAACAAACCUUAGAUUUGUUGGUUGUAGUGUUUUAGUCUGAGUCUGUAGCAGAAUGCAUGAACCUCAGGCCCAUUAGGCUGCUUCCCCACAAUCUAUGUUCCUAUCAAUCUGCUGACAUCAGCUGAUGAGCAGGGGAUGUUGUUUUGUUUUGUGUUGGCUGCACAUGUCAGUUCCCCACAAUGUGUUGUGCAGCCAAAGCAGCAGGAUGCAACCCCCUCCCCCAAUCAGCUGAUGAGAGAGAGGAUAAAUCUUGUUCAGAAUUCUACAGUCCCUCUGGGUGCUGCUUUGCCAGUGUAUUUCCUGAGGCGAACAUGUUGGCAAAGCAGACUACCCCCAUGGGUCAACUUUGACAGGUGAGUGGAAUCAUGACUUGAUUGACUGGUGGUCAAAGUUGGCCUGUGGGGUGUGAGGAGAUAAAGAUCUGGCUGAUGGGGCCCAAAGGGCUGUCCACUCCUAGUAUGGUAGUAUGGAAUAUGUACAGCCCUAGUGAUUUUGAUUGUGGGAAUUGAUCUGCCCCAAAUCUUUCUUGCCUUUGUGUGCACAUUCCACGCUACAAGAUUCCUCAUUAGUCCUUGCCCUGAUAUAUCCCUGCCCUGGGUACUGUUUGAGCGAGGGUGAUAGACCCCCCCUCACAGCUGUAUCAGCUAGGGGCAUCCGAGAGUUUCUUGAGCAGGUUCACAUAAUUCAGUUGGCAAGGUGAGGACAUGGCUUCAGCGUGUGGCUGUGGCCAAGUGGGGCCUAGAAACUGCUUCAAUUCAUAAGCCUCAGUUGCAGUGCCCUCCCUAAUUCAUCACAUCAUUAUAGAAGCACCGCAUAGCUCAGUUGGUGGAGCAUGAGACCCUUAAUCUCAGGGUCGUGGUUUGAGCCCCACGUAGGGUAAAAGAGUCCUGCAUUGCAGGGAGUUGGAGUAGAUGACCCUUGUGGCCCCUUCCAACGCUACAUUUCUAUUACUCUGUGUGAAGGCCUCUAAGAGCUCCACUGGUUAAUAUAGAAUUGGGUGUUGAACACUGCCCAUAUGUGAGGCCACCAAGAGAACACAUGUAAUCUGCUCUGAGCUCCUUUUGUAGGAAAGAUUGCCUAUAAAUAACAAAAACAGGUGAGUUUGCCUCUCCUCUGUGUACAACCUGGGGCUCCACUUCUCCAUAAGCACAGCUUGAACCUAGUGCUUUUCAGCUUUGGAGCCCACGGUGAUGUUGGACUACAACUCCCAACAUGCCUGAUCAUUGGCUAAGCUGGCUGGGGAUGAUGGGAGUUGUAGUUCAACAACAUCCAGGGGCCCAAGGUUGAACAACAAUGUGUCUAACCCACGUUCUCCCUGUGCCUACUUAGAUCCUCUCAUAGACGAAAGCAGCAGCCUCACACUCAGGAGUGGCUCACCUGUGGCCCUCCAGAUGCUGUUGAAUCACAACGCUACAUCAGCCCUGACCAUCCUGGGUGUGAGGCUGAUGAGAGUUGGAGUCCAGCAAGUUUUGGAGGGUCACAACUUAGUCACCCACCCUCAACCUCUUGCUCCAUAAAAGUUUCUUGGAUCUGAGUGUUGCAUAUGACUGCAGUAUCCAAAGGAAUGGUCAUUCUCUAAAGCUCUAGGUCCUUUUACAUUAAAAAAAAAUAAAAAUAUUCCAACCACACAUUUUGAGCAACUAAAAUCAGGUCUUAAAAGAGAAUUUCACUCAUUCCAAAUAUUUCAUAGGAGGUACAUGUGCACCUGCCGCACCCCCAAGUUCGCCCAAAUUUGUACAUUGGAAAAAAUGUAUUCCCUUGUUUCCCCCCUCCCCAGGUCUUCAUACCUCUGGUUCCCUUUUCCCUUCCUUAUGAGCAAUUUGCAACCAAGCCUUUGCAGGAUGAAUAUUUUCAUGUAAUGUUUAACCGUUUAACUGGCAGGGGACCAUGGAUGGGUGGGAAGGUGAUGGUUCUACAGAGCAACCUGCUACAAUUCCUUAUUUUGCAUGCUCGGAUGCACCCUUUCCUCCCCUGAUUUGUUAAAGGGCAGUGGCUCUUUCUUGACCUUAUCAUUAAUCCUGAGUCCACAGCAGCUGUGCCUUGAUGCUAGAGCCUCUCACCAGCCCCUCCACCCCACUCCCUCUCAGCACUGCAAGUCAUACUCCUGCUUGGCGAAGCCUGAUCUCUGGGGUGGGGGGUGGGGGGGGGAAUGAUGUAGUGCACAGCCCAGGCUCUGCUUGCUGUCACAUCACUUUUCACUGCUGUCUGAUUCACUCGGUGUCUGUUUUUCUCCCUCCCUCCCCCUCCCUCCUGUCCUGUCUCCUUGCUUGUUUCCCCAGGUGUGUUCUGAGUCUGGAAGAGCCAUGGGAGAAUUGCCUCUCUAGCACUCUGUGCUCCCAGAAGGCUACUCAAGCCUGGACUUCACUUUCUGUUCCCUCCCUGAGCCCUGCCUGGGGGAACGAUUGAUGGGCAGGUGCCGAGUGUGUGACUUCCUCCCCGCUAGUUCUCUCUCUGCUGCGUGUCCUGUAGCACCCAGUAGCUCAAAAGGGUCGGGCUCGGCGCAGCCCAUCUUUUUUUAACACAACAACAAUGUACUUGUAGCUAUGCUGCUGCUGCUGCUCCUGAGUUAACAGCUCUUGGUGGGGUUGGGCGGAGGUAUCCCCAAGCCCCCCACUGCCUGUAGCUCCCUUUUCACCGGUGCCCUGUUCCCUUGCAAGAGAGGACCGUGGCUAAAGGAGCAUGAUGGACUUUUCUCGCUGGACCAUUUUAUGAGUAAGUUAUGAAGGAGACGGCGGUGCUGUGUGAACUGUGGUGGGCACAGGAAGUGAUAAGCCUUUCCGAUGCAGGUUGGCCUUCUGGUCCUCUUUAGCUCCUUCAGGGACUCUCUGGGCCGCAUCACAACAACACUCUUCCUGUUUAUAGUGUUGACUGACUGAUUGGGUGUGGGUAGGUGUGGAGGUGUUGGGACAGAAACCAUGGGAGAAGGGCUUCCGGUUUUAGCAUAGAAGACUUUGUGCUCGACAGCAGCUGUGGGCAACUUUUGGCCCUCCAGAUAUUGCUGGACCACAGUUCUCCUCAGCCCUGGCCACUGGCCCUAAUGGGAACUACUGUAGUUCAGCAGCACCUAGAGAGCCAAAGAUUCCCCCUCACCUCCACAGCGGCAUUGCUCAGCGUGGUAGUCCAUCAACAUAUGGGGAGCAAUGGAGGUUGGACUCCCAGCAGCCACCUGCAGACCCAAGGGUGGGGGAGGCUGCUCUAGGGCCAAAGGGCUAUAAACCAAAUUUUCCCUCAGAGCGGCAGGGACGUCACUUUUCCAGACCAGGCCUUGCAGAGAGAGUGGGCGUGUAGUGUAGGCCUCUCAUGCCAGGAAGGAGAGGGCUGGGGCUGUCUCUCUCUCUCUCUCUCCCUUUCUCCCUCUCCCCUUUCUUUCUCUCUGAUCCCUUGGAGGAAAUCCUCUCCCAGAAGGUAACAGAGCUGGAGUUAACUUGCUCAGUGUAUCUCUUGACUCGGGAGUGAGAUUGAUCUGUUUUGUAAUUCAAAGCACUGGCCUGGUAUAUAGAGUGGAAAACAUUGUCAAUAAAUUUAUUUGCAAUGAA